AUGACAACGCCAACAGGGACAUCGGCACCAUCACGAGUCGAGGUACCUUCCUGGAACGGUGAGGCAGAGAAGCUGUCGAACUACCGUUUCGAGGUGUCGAUGUUCGUGAAGAGCAUCAGAGUGAACGACCGCUACGUCUGCGGACCACAGCUGGUCCGGGCGCUUGGGCCGCGGGUUCGGAACGCCGUGGAGAGCUGCCCCUCGAUCAACGACGUAGACGAGGUGGAUGACAACGGAAAGUUGGUCGGCUGGGAGAGGGUGUUCAGCUAUGUGCAUGAGAAGUUGGACUACACCAGCCUCACCGACACGGGUCUGCUGGCCGAGGAGUUCUUCCUGAAGAUAGGCCGCAACUCUGGAGAGCCCUUCCAGGACUGGGCGGCCCGGUUCGAGAAAAAGGAGAGGGAGCUGCUGACCCAACUGCAGGCCAUCGACCCGGACGUGAAAGAAGUGAUAGCGAAACCUCUUCGCACAUGGUGGUUCCUGCGGAAGUCGAGACUCACCCCUGUGCUCAGAGGUGAAGUGACGGCGACCGCGGGAGGGGACUUCAACUACGGAAAGACAUACAAGACGUUGCUCACGCGCUUCCCAGCGGAGGCCCUUGCUGAGCUGGAUGGCAAAGUCAAGCGUGAGCGGGCGUUGUUCGAGAACGACUUUGGGGAGGACGAGGGCGAGACUGGUGGGGAAGCAGAGGAGAUCCACGAGCUGGCCGAGCAGCUCCUCAACCUUGCGGACGAGGACGAGGAGGUGGAGCCCGACGACUUGGAGGCGGACAACGCGGUGUUCGCGCAGCUUCGCCAAGCUGGCCGGAGCUUCAAGGACAGGCUAAAGGACGUGGGCGCGGACAACAAGAUCGACGAGUUCGCUUCGAAAGUCGGAAGCGGCGCCACUGGAGGCACUACUAACACGCACAACGGCUUCAUCUUGUCGGCCCUGGACGAGUGCGUCUACCUGCUUGAGCGCGAGGGGAUCUGGGCCGUGCUGGACAUUGGAGCUACGCGCAGUCUCGGUGGCGUCGAGAGCGUAGAGAACCUCAUGUACGAGAUGAUGGUGAACCACGACGUGGAGUUCGAGGCGCACGACGACACUUGCUCCUUCACUUUCGGCGACGGGCUCCAGAAGAGCUCGAUGGGAACGGUCUCUGGACGCGCCUACUUGGGACCGGAGCUCCGAUACAUCAGCCUCUCAGUGAUGGCGAACCGCGUCCCCAUUCUCCUGGGCAUGGACAUCCUGACGGACGACUUGAAGGUAGUGGUCGACUGCGGCCGUAACUGGAUCGGGUUGCCGACGCUGGGCAACAAGGUCUGCUACUGCGAGAGGCUCUCGAGCAAGCACCUGGCGAUCAACCUCUCGACACCGCAGUGGUGGCGCGAAGUCUCUCUACCCUUGUCCCUGGAGAGCUGCCACGUCAACAUGACAGGGCGGGACUCCAUCGUGCUGGAUGAGAAGCCGGAGGAGCCCGUGACGGGCUGCGCUGAUAUCAUCUCCAUCGUCAUCCUCAUCAUCGGGGGGGCCAACAGAAAGAUGCUCAAGGAGCCCAGGUUCUUUUCCCAGUCCAGGAGACCGCCACAUCCAGGGAACCUCGAUGACCUCGAGAGGGUCCACAUCUCCAGGAGAGACCUCGAGCCAGCCCCCUUCGAGCCGACCGAGAGCGACGCAAUGCGCGACCGAGAGAAGACCCACGACGUCUCAACGUUCGAGCAGCCCGAGACCGAUGACGACCAGGGGUUCGAGUGGGACAAGGUGGGGGACACUCUCGGGAUCGUCAGGGGCGACACGGAGUCCGAGUACUCGGGAGAACUCUUGGACACUCUCGGGGACUUCGGAGGCGACGAGAGGUUCUAG